AGUUAACAGAGCGGAAAUUUAGCGAUGCACUUUUCGAGUUCGGCGAUCGCUGCCGUUAUAGCUUUUUCGGUUGUUUUUGCAUUGAUAUCGAAUGCAGUCGGACACCAGAGUAGUUCAUUGAAAGCUGCUUUCGUCGUUUUUCGGCAUGGAGGUCGAUCACCGGUCGGAACCUUUCCAAGCGAUCUCUAUCGGAACUAUUCGUGGAUCGGAGGCUAUGGAGCACUACAACCGAAAGGUACCGAGCAGUCGUUUCUGUUGGGUCGAAAUUUGAGAAGUCGCUACAGGUCACUGUUACCGCUGGAUGGGUUUUACUGGACUCAGAACCUGUACGCCACCAGCAGUAGCGUUGAAAGGUGUGUAAUGACAGUGCAGGCCGUAUUGGCGGCCUUCUUGAAGCCACAAGAAGAUUCGAUCAACAUCCCAAUCUGGUGGCAACCUGCUACGAUUACGACAAUUCCAACCUCAGAAGAUAUUAUCCUUCAACAGUCGCGAUCUUGCCCGAAGUUUAGCCAGGAGUUCGGGCGAAUCUUGCAGAAUCCUCCUGCCGAGUUUAAGCCAAUUAGUGAUGAGUGCGCCGGUGAAUACGACUACCUCACGAAGCAAAGCGGAAUGACGGUUAACUCUUGGCAGACCUCGAUUUUGAUCUACGAUGCCCUUGAGGGUGAGUUUAACGCAGGGUUAAGACUUCCCGACUGGACCAAGCGUGUAUUCCCGGAGAAAGCUAAGAAGUGCUACGGAGCUUUCCUGAGAUACUUCACCGCAACUCCGAUUCUCAAGAAGCUAAGAGGGGGUGCGACCUUUACCGAAAUCCUUAAGGUGAUGAAGUCCAAACAGGCCAAGACGCUGAACCCAGACCGUUCGCUGUUCUUCUACUCGGGUCACGAUUUGACCCAGGUCAGUCUGCUAGAUAGCAUGGGAAUGCUGAGCCAAACCACCGACAGACCAGACUUUGCGUCGGCUGUGGUAUUCGAACUUCACGAGAACAAACUUCUGACGGAUGGCCUGGAAGUUCGCAUAGUGUACUACAAAAACUGGACAGUGAAAACGCCGCAGCUUCUGACCAUUCCCGGGUGCUCUGCUCCAUGUUCUUUGACUAAACUAGAGCAAUCCAUGAAGGCGAUCGUUUUGGACAACUACGAUACUGCAUGUGCAGUUUGAGAGAGAUUGUAAUAAAAGAUGUUAAA